AUGGAUAUUGAGAUGAUGGGAUAUGGCUCAAAUGAAAGUAAUGAGCCAUUUGAUAUUGAUAAGGUCCUUGAGAAGCUAUGGAAUGGGGAGCCAAUUACUGAAUUGAAUGUUGAAGAUUUAUGUGAUAAAUGUAGAGAAAUAGUAUGUCAAGAGGGUAAUAUUAUCAAUCUUGAAACACCAAUUACAGUUUGUGGAGAUAUUCAUGGACAAUUUUGGGAUUUAUUACAACUUUUUGCAGUUGCAGGUAAACCACCAGCGACCAAAUAUAUAUUUUUAGGUGAUUAUGUUGAUAGAGGGUUUAAUUCUGUUGAAACGUUUUUAUUAUUGGUUGCUUUAAAAGUUAAAUACCCGGAUAAAAUAUACUUAAUUCGUGGUAAUCAUGAGAGUAGGGCAAUUACUCAGAUAUAUGGGUUUUAUGAUGAAUGCCAAAGAAAAUAUGGAACAUCAAAUGUUUGGAAGAAUUGUACGGAUUUAUUUGAUUUUCUCACACUCGGUGCAUUGAUUAAUAACAGAAUAUUUUGUACUCAUGGAGGACUUUCUCCUAUGUGUCAGAAUUUAGAUGAUAUUCGUAAAAUUGAUAGAAAAGUUGAGGUACCUCAUGAAGGUGUUAUGUGUGAUUUGUUAUGGUCCGAUCCAGACGAAAGUGGAAUUAGAUGGGAAGAGUCUCCUCGUGGAGCUGGUCAUCUUUUUGGAGAAAAACCAUUACUUGAAUUUAAUGAUAAAAAUGGACUAGAUUUUGUAUGUCGGGCUCACCAAUUAAUUCAAGAUGGAUAUAAAUGGAUGUUUAAUGAAAAAAUUGUUACUGUAUGGUCAGCUCCAAAUUAUUGUUAUCGUUGUGGAAAUGAUGCAUGUGUUAUGAACUUAAGGUCAGUUACUGAUCGUGGUUUUACUUUUUUCAAAGAAUGCCCUCCAGACCAACAUAAGUUAACUGCAAAAGUAGUUGUACCAGAAUUCUUUUUGUGA